AAUUAAACUCUCGUUUGGGUUUGGGCUUCGCGCCAGUUCUCGCGAGGUUUCAUGGGCUGUGAAUAUGGCGGAUGCGGAAGGAGAGACUCUCGAGUCCUGGCUCAAUAAAGCCACUAACCCAUCCAACAGACAGGAGGACUGGGAGUACAUUAUAGGAUUCUGUGACCAAAUCAAUAAAGAAUUAGAAGGUCCACAGAUAGCAGUGAGGUUGCUGGCUCAUAAAAUCCAGUCCCCACAAGAAUGGGAGGCAGUUCAGGCAUUGACAGUAUUGGAAGCUUGCAUGAAGAACUGUGGAAGAAGAUUCCAUAACGAAGUUGGAAAAUUUAGAUUUUUAAAUGAGUUAAUCAAAGUAGUCUCCCCCAAGUACCUUGGCGACAGGGUGUCAGAGAAGGUGAAGAGGAAAGUCGUUGAAAUGCUGUACAGCUGGGCAGUGGCCCUGCCGGACGAAGCCAAAAUUAACGAGGCCUAUCAGAUGCUAAAGAGGCAAGGUAUUGUAUCCUGUGAUCCAGAGAUCCCUGUAGAUCAGACUCUCAUUCCAUCACCCCCGACACGCCCCAAAAACCCAGUGUUCGAGGAUGAAGAAAAGAGUAAGCUGCUGGCUGAGCUGCUGAAAAGCAAAAACCCAGAGGAUCUGCAGGAGGCCAACAGACUCAUUAAGAACAUGGUGAAAGAGGACGAAGCCCGGAUGCAGAAGGUAACGAAACGCGUGAACACACUGGAGGAGGUCAAUAACAACGUGAAGCUCCUCAAUGAAAUGCUGACCCAUUUCAACAGAGAGGAGUCUUCGGAAGCAGACCGGGAGCUUAUAAAGGAGCUGUACGAACGCUGUGACAAGAUGAGACGUAAUGUAUUCAAAUUAGCCACAGAGACGGAGGAUAACGACAACAGUUUAGGUGACAUCCUGCAAGCAAGCGAUGAUCUGUCACGUGGAAUCAAUUCCUACAAGAAGAUUGUUGAAGGACAGGCUGUCAAUGGAGAGACUGAUCUUCCUGGAUCAGCAAAUAUGGACGGCAGUAAGGAUAGCAGAAACACGGAGACCCUGAUUGACCUGGAGGAGCUCGACAUUCCCAGCCCACCCUUUUCAGAGCUGGCUCAGCCUCCUGCACCGGCUCCAGCCCUAGUCCCAGCCAAUCCGCUGCUGGCCCCAGCGAUCCCGGUCCUGCCCCCUCCCCCUCACCUGCAGGCUUCCUCUCGGAGCCGAUCCUCCAGCCAGACCGAGAACACAGCGCCCCAGGCCAGCGGCGCCCUCUCCCUGCUGGACGAGGAACUGCUCUCUCUGGGCUUAAAUGAUCCAGUACCCACUUUGAACAAUGGAAAGGAGGGUACACUAAACAAACAGUGGAGCACGUUACAGGCCUCCGACAGCGGGUUAGGCUUCUUCAACAGCAAGCCUCUGUCUGGGGCAGCUGCUCUGUCUGCUGGGCCGAUGUUCCAUGCAGCCCCUGUGUCCCGCGUUGCUCCUUGUAGUUACCCGGCCGCUCCCUCCCUGCCCAGGUCCGGUCCAGCCCCGUUCCUGUUCCCAGGGGCUGGGCUGCAGGUAGCGCCUCACUCCGGGAGUCAAGCCUUGCAGGAUCUCAGCAUGCUGGACCUGGGGGAGCCAGUGGGGCUGCCUGCCCAGUUAAAUCCGGAGCCCAUGUUCUGUCUGGGAGUUUCCUCCAGUGCUGCUUCCUCAUCUGUCUUGGGGUUCCCUGGUCCCUCCGCCACCACGGCUCCCCUUCCUGCUGCAUGCGUGGCCCCCCCUGUCUCCCACGCCAUGGUUCAGGCCAUGGCUUCCUCAUCAGCCCCCGGCAGCCCCCUCUUCCGCUCCCUUUCCCCUCUCCACCCGACACUCCAGGGGAGCCCUGCAAAGGGGCCCGAUGCUUCACUCGCCAACGUUCACGUGCAGCUGGACUCCAUCAAACCCAGCAGGGUCCUGCCUGUCACAGCCUAUGAUAAGAAUGGGGUUCGGGUGCUGCUGCACUUCUCUUCGGAGUGCCCCCCAGGCAGACCGGACGUGCUGGUGAUUGUGGUGUCGAUGCUGAACACGGCCCCGCUUCCCGUCCAGAACGUAGUCCUGCAGGCUGCAGUGCCCAAGUCGAUGAAGGUCAAACUGCAGCCCCCGUCGGAAACAGAACUUGCUCCUUUCAACCCCAUCCUGCCCCCAGCCACCAUCACACAGGUCAUGCUGCUAGCUAACCCAAUGAAGGAAAAGGUGAGACUGCGGUACAAGCUGACGUUUACACUGGGGGACCAGUCCUGCACAGACGCCGGAGAGGUGGAUCAAUUUCCACCGGCAGAAAAAUGGGGUUAUCUAUAGCACUGGCACUGAAGGACGGGAUGCCCCCCCCACCAAAGACACGGCAAUGGAUGGGACUUUGUUGACUUCAGAUAGCUGAGACAGAAUCAAUGCUUUCAUGAAUGUUUUUCCUUAGGAGGCAAGUGCUAUUACCGCUACAAAAUCCACCCUGUAUCCUCGACUUGUGUUUUUGUUUUCAUUUUAUUUAUUUAAAUACAUUUCUUUUUUACUCUGCUCCCCUAAACUCUUAGCCCUUGGCUGGACUUUGCAAGGCAGGUUCCAUUAAUGGGAGACCCCACUGAACCAUUAAAUGCCAGGGCGUGUGCGUAAGGGUGAGGGGAGAAAAUAAUUUUCAAAUUCAUAUCUGCAACUCUGAAAGAAAUCCCACCGAAGCCAGCUGAAGACGAACGUAGUGCUUAACUUGGCUCUCGCAGAGUGACAGGUUAGCAUGUGAUAUAUUGCACAGGGUGCCAAAAAAGUAUUUUCAAUAAACUUUUUUUUUUUUUCAUAAUAAUGCUGGGUAGGGAUUGCAGUACAGCAAUUGGGGCUGUACAUGAAUUGCAUUGUUGGUGUUGGAUAGAGAUGGUGCUGUGACUGAUUGGGACUGCAAAUUCAGAGGAUCUGUCUGCAAGAGGUUCUAGUAAAACAGAUAUGAAGUCACGGGGCAGGUGCAUCUCUAACAGAUCCGCUGCUGUUAGCAAAAUUAGCUACACUUACCAUGUGGAAUUUACUGUCUAUUUAAAGCAUAUUUACAUUCCUUCCUGUUUAAGGAUAAGCAGGUACAUUUACUUUGUCUGGGAUAUUUUAACUGUGUGAAAUGUUAGGUAUCUUUAGUCUUUAGGAGAAGCAGAGGGUUUAGUAUCAGUGUUCAUCUACAGCCUUGGAAACGACUGGAGGAAGCACCUCUACAGCAGUGGCAUGCCGUGACAAAAUGGACUGGGGUAGGAGAGUCGUCGCAACCGCCCCCGCCUUUUUUUAAGUGGCAGCUACCUGUAAGCCGCAGAUACCUUUCAUAAUUCUGAAAGAGUGUAUCCUUUCCCUUCCCGUGUCAGCUCGGGGAUCUGUGGUGUACAUCUCCCUUUUUUAACAAUCUCCAAUUUUUCAGAGAAAGUUCUCCUUGAAAAAGGAUUCGUAACCAAAUCAACUAUGAUGUCUCAGUUUUCUCACAUUUUUUUUAUUUUAGUGUAAAAUAAAAUUUGAAAUAAUUAGACGUUGUAAAGGUAUUUGUAUUUAUCAAUAUAUAUUUAUAAGUAAUAUCGUGCGGAAUCCAGCUAUCCUCCUAACUGCAGUGCUAACCAAGGAAUAGUCAUGUUUUCGGGUUGCUCAUUAAUGAUUGGUCAGCUAUCAGAGCUUUGACUUUCCCAUUGGUUGCUAAAGCAGGGCCUUCAAGUGAGGCAGAGAAUACCCUGGGAGAUUUAUGGCCGCCUCUGCUCACUUCUGAUUGGUCGCCUGUCUAAAAAAAUAGACAUUCUUCGACUCACCUAUUGGUUAAACUCGCUCAAGCCCUUCAACUGAAACGGAGAAUACCCUCAUCUGUUUUUUUUUUUCUAGCGUCUGAUCGUUGUUUUAGACUUAUGUGGGGGAGAUGCAGAUCUCUUAUUGACUGAUCACAUCCCCUUCAGGAAACACCUAGCCUCCUAAAAAAACCCUCUAGUAAACCCUGUAAGUCAUCUUGGAUAAAUGCAUCAGAGUAGUAUGCUUCAUAGUAUAAGCAAACACACUGUACGCGAGUGAGUGAGGCAACGUAAUGUCAUUUGACUGACAGUUUACUUGGCACUGUCUGGUCAGCAGAGAAUACCUUGGAGGUCUUGACAGCACGCCACUGCCCUUACAGUCAUUUCCAAGCACCAAUAUCAGGUGAAUAGAAAGCUUUUUGCACUCAUAAUGAAUUAAGUGGCAGAUGUAUUUAAAAGCACUAGGAGUUAAUUGCCUGGAAUUGUAUAGGCUGGUGAAACGGGGUCAGUAGUACACAGUGUAACAAGUCUUCUUGCUGUUGCAUGUCAGACAAUACUUUUUUUGAAGUAGCAGUUUAGUGGAGAUUAUGAGACACACACACUUUUAAGGUGUGGGUCUCUUCACUGUUGUCCGACAUCCAUUUCAGAUCCAAUGUUGAGUGGCGGCAGCAGCAGCUUCUCAAGUAGUCUCUCUGUCUGCCUCACUUCUAUAAACGUUUCAGUUUUCUAUAGUAGGAUUCAUUUCUGAGAUACAGGGCCACAUUUCCAAAGCAUUUCCUGGAGAAAAGUAGUUCUAAUUGUGUACCAUUAACAAGUGUUUUUUUUUUUUUAAUAAUAAAAUGGAGUAUAUGCUUUGAAAGUCGUUUCCUGCUAGUUCUGUAACAACAGCAGUUUGCUUUCUUAAAUAAAAUGGUGCAAACUUAGCAGUGUUUAAUGCUUUACAGAGGGCCUGUGGUGUUUGAAGGAAGAGUAUGGGGUGUCAAGAAAGCAAGCAAGCAAGCGUUUGCUACCAUGCUGAGUUUUACUGGUGCUGCAGUAUCGAAGCCAUUGUUCUGCCCCCUAUUGUUUUUAUUUAUUGCACUGUUGUAGGAGCCCUUUGCUGUCAGCACUGUGACGUGUUUAAUGGAAGAAGUUCUGUAUAACGUUGUAUUUAUUGUCUUUUAGAGAUGCUUAACUUGUUUAUGUGAGGUGCAGUUCGGUAUGACAGAAAGCUAACAAAACUGUACAUAUUUAAAACGUUCUUAGCUGUUCCACUGCAUGAAGAAAUAAAAGUCUUCAUUUUAAAAACGA